UUCCACUUUAGAUCGGCGGCGAAGCGAGCUUCCUCCUGCCGGAAAUGGCGAUGACAGUCGAAAGUAAUUAUUCUACAUUCUUGUUUCUCUUUUCAUCCUUCUCUAAUUUCUUCAAAUUGACGAAAAAUGGUAAAUUUUCUUUUGUCGUGAUUCAGGGUUUAGUAUUCAUUACUAGGAUUAAGCAAUAUUGAUUUGAGAUUAUCGGCUAGAGUUUCCAAUUAAUCUCAUUUUCCAUCGCAGUUCAUGAAAUUAGACAACAAAAAUUGUUUUCAAGUUCAAGACCUCUCAUAAUUUUAUGAUUACUGAAAAUUUGAUUUAGUGUGUAGAAAUAGAAGGAUUUGUAUUUGUAAAUCUAGGGUUUCAAGUUAAAAGUAUGCGGUGAACUGAUUUCUUUCGGGUUGUGGUUAUUCAUUUUCGAUUGCUUGUGGUUUUAUGUAUGCCAUGCUUUAUUGUUGUGUGUUGCUACAUAAAUAUUGCUCUUAUUUUGAAAAUGCUUGGAACUAACAAAUCUCUGUUUCUGUGCAUUGUUGUCAUGGGGUUUUCAAAUGGAUUGUGUCCUCUGCAGUGCUUGCUGGGCUUGCUUUCAUGUUCUCAGCUAGUAUACUGCUCCAGAUUUUGGCUUGUGCGAUAUAUAAUAACUGGUGGCCAAUGCUUUCAGCUCUGAUGUACGUGAUAGUGCCAAUGCCUUGUUUAUUCUUUGGAGGUGGGUCCACUCAUUUUCUUAUGAGCCAUGAUGGUGGGGGUUGGAUAGAUGCUGCUAAAUUCCUGACUGGAGCUUCAACUGUAGGUAGCAUUGCCAUUCCUAUCAUUCUUAGGCAUGCUGACAUGAUUGAGACAGGUGCAAUGUUCAUUGAAUUCACCUCUUUCUUCAUAUUUGUUUGCACUGUCUUGUGCUUUCAUCGUGCUAGCCUUGAAGAUGACUGGUAAUAAAUAUUCUGAAGAGUUAAUGUAAUUUCCCUAACUUUGUUUUGGUGUGUCCUGUUAGAGUUGACUGGUUAUGGAAACUGGACUCCUACAAGGUGUAAGGAACAGAAUUUCUCCCUUUUGUAAGUCUCUUAUAUUUUCAUGAAUGUACACUCACACUAGAAAUUCUAGAUGAGUGCAUGCAUAUACUCACAAUUUGUUUGAAAUUCCAUGCUCAAGAAAACAACUGUGUGUCACUUCACUUGUUUGCCAGAUAUAUUGCAGCGUUGUUGGAAUUGGAAACAAUUGAAAGUAACUUGUGAUUUUGGUUGAAAAUCCUAAGAAACUUGUAAUUUCAGG